GUCUGAUCCUCGCCUACGUCUCCAGUGAUCAGUUCACUGUAGAUGCUCUUCUGCGCUCUGGAUUCAUGUUCAAAUGCGGUGCUCCCCAGCGCCGCGAGCUGAUCGUUGGCAGCAUCAAGAUGAUCAGUGCAAUCGAGCAUCCCGGUGAUCUCUUGGAUUCCGCCGAUGAUACUGGCAACGAAGACGAUCAAGAAGAAACGUUCAAACCGGACUGGACAGGGGACUACGAUCGCCUCGAGCGAGAUGACUACCCCCAUUGUGCCACUCGAGCUGCUCUGAUCAGCGCCCGGAUCAACUACUACAAACGUUACUACUCGCGAUACAGCCGUUAUCGAACCAAGAAGGGUCGCUCGUCCUGUGUACCCCUCGAGCAGUGGUUCCCUACCAAGUGGAUCUACCCCAAGCACGAUGUAUUCAGCGCCGUGACUACUCGGGUCUUUCGUAUCUACCGACACCUCUUUGCCGAGUAUUCGCAUGCUCGCGAUGUUGACAAGCUCCAUGCUCUCCAGCGCAGCGUUGCAUACUUCGAGGGUCGUCGAUACAAGUAUGGGGAAGGUGGUUAUGGCCGAGACUCACGGCUCGCCAUCGCUUCAUUCAAGAAGGGUGCGCAUUUCGGAAGCGCCUUCUGCAAGUACGAGCUGAUCAAGUAUCAAGCCGAGUACGAUCAGAGUGCCAUUCCCAAAGAGCUCGACCUCUUCUUCCGCCAACUACUGGCCGACCCAGAUAUGACUAUUCAACAUGAAAUCGUGCCUGACGGGAUACUCCAGGAAUAUGCGCUUAUCCCCGCAGUCGCUUGCCAGCUUGCCAAAUACCACUUCACAAACCGAACAUCGAUCGUCAACCUGGCUCGCUAUACACUGAGUCUCUUCUACGAUUUGAACCCGGUGCCUGGACCCGAGCACGACUGGUACAUCUGUCGCACCGAGGGGCAUUCCCCAAAUGUGUGGUACUACGACUGUAGGAGAUGGUAUCUCCGACGCUGUGCUGCGCGUACUGCGCGUACUGCGCGGCGCAGUGGGUCGUGACCUGUGCUGCGC